AUGUCCAGCGAGCCCAGCGUGGACGACAUGGUCCUGCCUGAUGUUUGGGAGGUGCGCGAGAGCCCAUCAAGAGCUCAUUCGUCCAGUCCCAUCGUAGACUCUAUGCGGUCGAUUGUUCCUCUUAGUGACGGCGAAGAUGACCUGCAAGUCGAGUCCAUCCGCAAGCUCUCAGCGUCGCAGCUGCGGCGACAAAAGAUCGACGCUGCGCGGGCCGCUAUGAAACGGGCCACAGAGCGCCAGUCGCGUCCACCCCCUGCGCAGCAGACCCUUUUCUCCUCGUACCGCUGCCCCAUCUGCCUGUGCCCGCCGACGAACAUCAGCGUCACACCCUGCGGCCACGUCUUUUGUGGCUCGUGUCUCUUCGACACUCUAUCUGUUCACGCAAGGCAAGAGCGAGAAUAUGAAGAGUACCGUUCCGGCUACGGCGGCAACCCUUUCACGCCCUCAGGCAGCUCUGGCGCGCUGGCUCUGGCGAAUGCAGCCGGCGCAGACCUGCGUGGAACGCGCGCACUAUUUAACGAACUGGUGCAGCAGCGACAGUCGGGAGAGUCACCUUCCGCCUCGCCUACGGUUAGGUCGCCUCCGGUAUCUGCAAGUCGUUUACGUGCAACCAACGGCACGGAGCGGAUCAAGGGUCUGUGCCCCGUAUGCCGCAGCUCCAUCAAGGGCGGCUUUACUGGCAUCGGCCGUCGGGGCGUCUUGGGGCUCGAGAUCCUGCUCGGUACACCCGAAGAGCCGCCUGACGAAAAGUCAACGUCCCCUCCCUCUACGCCAUCAAACAAGCGCCUCCGUGUAACAUAG